AUGGAGAAUGCUGUAGAAGUUGCCGGUCAAGAGCUACAAGACAGGGCUCACAGUGAAGUAUUGCUUUUUAAUCGUUGGAGAUACGAUGAAGUUCAGAUCAGUGACAUUUCUGUUGAGGACUAUAUCACUGCAACUGCUGCCAAGCAUCCGACCUUCAUGCCUCACACUGCUGGGAGGUACCAAGCCAAGCGGUUUAGGAAGGCCCAGUGCCCAAUUGUUGAGAGGCUGACCAAUUCACUGAUGAUGCAUGGGCGUAACAAUGGAAAGAAACUGAUGGCUGUCCGUAUUAUUAAGCAUGCAAUGGAAAUUAUCCAUUUGCUAACAGACCAGAACCCAAUUCAAGUUAUUGUUGAUGCUGUGAUCAACAGUGGACCAAGAGAAGAUGCAACAAGAAUUGGUUCUGCUGGUGUUGUGAGACGUCAAGCUGUUGAUAUAUCUCCUCUUCGUCGUGUCAAUCAGGCUGUAUAUCUUCUUACAACUGGUGCUAGGGAGAGUGCUUUCAGAAAUAUCAAAACCAUAGCUGAAUGCCUCGCCGAUGAACUCAUCAAUGCUGCUAAAGGGUCUUCUAACAGCUAUGCUAUCAAGAAAAAGGACGAGAUUGAGAGAGUGGCCAAGGCCAAUCGUUGA